AUGAUAUUAUAUUUAAAUUCGAUUAAAAAUGGCAAUCAAUGUCAUCACAAAAAAAAUGCAUCAACAACGCCAACAACUGCUGUCACUUCACGCACAUCGUAUCGUUCAACGAUGACAUCGAAUCUUGCUAGUAAUACUAAUUUGAAUAUAAAACGAGGCGAAAGUUCAACCGGUGAAGAUUCAGGUGUUCAAAUAGAUCCCGAUAGUACAGAGAAAGCUUAUCUUCCAUCAAUAAUAGCUUCGACGAAUCUUGUCUCUCCUUUAUCAUCUAUUUCAAAACCAAUCGACACAAUAACAACGGCGCCAAAAUCUCGUUCCGGAACUGCUUCUAUUGCGAUGGUCGCAUCAUCGACAGUUAUUCCUGCUAGUAUGGAAACUAAACUAUCACCAUCAUCAUCAUCAUCAACAGCAACACUCGUAUCACGUAAAAAUUCGAACGCAUCAACUUCAGAUACUUUCUCUGAAACAUCACGAUCGUUCGGUCAAGAAGAAAAUUCUUCUGAUUCAUUAUUUGGUCGUCCAACACCAUUGCCAUCAUCAUCCCAUUAUGUUAUUAAAUGUAAUGUAAAUCCUAAAACAUCACUAUCGACAUCUCCGAUGCCAUUAACACCACGUGUUAAAGUAACCGUACAACAACCGUCUAUAACAGCGGCCCAGCCACGUUAUGAUUCGUCAUCAGAUAAUGUUUCAUCUCCAUUAGUAUAUUUAAAAACUCCGAAUUCGAACAUGUUGCCUAUCAUGACAACGAGUGCACCCGAAUUUUCUCUCAGUGGUGCAUCGAGCGUUGAUGAUUCUGAUGAACCAGCGUCCUAUAAUCAAUAUUUAUCGCCAUAUGGAAGACAAUCAAAUCCUUCGCCUGAACUUCGUAAAAAGACAUUUAAUGAUUGGGCGAAAUCAAAACAAAGAUCUUUAACACGUAGCAAAAGUGAAAUAAAUACAAUACAAACAGAACAAUCUCAACAACAAAUAACUACUAGUCAAAUAAAACCGGAAGCAACAUCCUAUGCUAGCGAAGACGAAGAUGGUAAUAGUCGCGUAUCAGCUUCAAGUAAUUCAUCAGACAUGACAAAAAAGAAAAAGUCAAAGGCCGCAACGAUUGCAAAAGAUUUUAAAUCUCGCGCAGCCAAUUUAAUCCGACGUCGAACUACUGAGGCAAAUUUAUCCGAGAAAAGCCUUAUACCAUCACGUGAAGAUGUUCAAUCGUGGGAACAAUCCUUCGAUGCUCUUCUACGGCAUCGAUACGGACAAGCUUUAUUUCGUGCCUUCUUACGUACGGAAUUUAGCGAAGAAAAUUUAGAAUUUUGGCUUGCAUGUGAUGAAUUUCGUGUAUGUAAAGAACCAAAACGAUCAGCAAAAGCUAAAAAAAUCUAUAUGGAUUUUAUUGCUAUUGGUGCCCCGAAGCAGGUGAAUCUUGAUACAGAAACACGAAUGUCAACUAUAGCAAACAUCGACAAUCCACCAUUGGAUACAUUCGAUCGAGCUCAACGACGUAUUCAAGGUUUAAUGGAAAAAGACUCUUAUCAGCGUUUUCUUAAAUCAGAACUUUAUAUUAAUUUACUACGUCGUACAUCAUAUCCAGCUCAACAACGACGAACAACAACUGAAAUAUCAUCAAAAUCAUCUUGA